GGCCACUUCAAAGUGUCGCUGCCUCUUUAAGAAAACGUGCCUCCGUAAAGGACGUACGUGACGUGUGUAUUCCGCGUGUAAAAACCGGGAACAGGUUGCGUACGUUCACCUCUGCAAACUGUUCACAAGUUUUAAGUUUGAAUGAAUUGGUGCCAUGCCUGCUAAAAAGACCACCACCACCAAGAGGAAGUCUGCAGCCAUUGCUGAAGAUGCAGAAGAGUCCAAGAAAAUAAAAGUUUCGCACAGGAGCCAUUGUAAAGAGGCGGGCCAGGUUCUAGUUUUGGGCCAAGGUGAUGUAGGACAGCUGGGCUUAGGUGAGGACAUCACUGAGAGGAAGAAGCCAGCCCUGCUUUCAUUACCAGAGAAGGUCGUGCAGGUGGUGGCAGGAGGCAUGCACACAGUGUGUCUCAGUGAAACUGGUCAUGUCUACACAUUUGGCUGCAACGAUGAAGGGGCUUUGGGUCGGGACACGACAGAAGAAGGGUCCGAGAUGGUUCCUGCAAAGGUGGAGCUGAGUGAGAAGGUUGUCCAGGUAUCUGCAGGGGACAGCCACACUGCUGCCCUUACAGAGGAUGGAUCAGUCUAUAUCUGGGGCUCCUUUAGGGACAACAAUGGUGUUAUUGGUCUUCUGGAGGCCAUGAAAACGUGUCCUGUCCCAGUAAAAAUCCCCCUCACAGAAUCUGUUGUGAAAAUUGCCUCAGGCAACGAUCAUGUGGUGCUACUGACACUGGAUGGGAACCUUUACACAUUGGGUUCUGCAGAGCAGGGACAGCUGGGAAGAGUACCAGAACAUUUUUCAAACAGAGGAGGCAGGAAAGGCCUAGAGCGACUGCUGGUCCCGCAGAUGGUGAAACUUAAAGGGAAAGUUCACUUCACUGAUGCAUUCUGUGGAGCGUAUUUUACCUUUGCUGUGUCUGAAGAAGGAUACGUGUAUGGAUUCGGUCUCUCAAACUACCAUCAGCUGGGCACUAAAAGCACCAAGAUGUGUUUUGUCCCUGUAAAAUUGACAUGCUUCAAGAACUCCACCACUGCCUGGGUGGACUUUUCUGGAGGACAACAUCACACUCUUUGCCUCGAUGCUGAAGGGCAGGUUUAUAGCCUGGGUAGAGCAGAGUACGGUCGCCUAGGUCUUGGUCAAGGAGCUGAAGAGAAGAGUGAGCCUGCGCCUGUGACGGGGAUGGAGCCGGCCAAAGGAGUGUCCUGUGGAGCUUCUGUCAGCUACGCAGUUACCAGAGCAGGAUCUGUGUAUGCCUGGGGCAUGGGAACCAACCUGCAGCUCGGCACAGGAGAGGAAGAAGACGAAUGGAGCCCAGUAAAGAUGACAGGAAAGCAGCUGGAGAACCGUGAAGUUCUGCUGGCGUCCAGCGGAGGGCAGCACACAGUCUUACUGGUUAAAGACAAACAGGAGAGCUGAUGUUCUUAUUGUGAUACAAUGAUGGGGAUAGUUAUCAGUUUUGAUGUGGGAGGCUAUGUUCAGGAUGCUGAGAUUUGAUAUUCAGGAACCUUUUUACGUUUCUCUGUGCUGAGAGAGUGACGUUCAGGACACAGAGGAGAGUUGAGGCCUGGCUUCUUUUAGCAGAGCUGUUUGUUCUUAACGUGGCUAAAAUGUUCCUGAAGUUUCUGGUUGAUCAUGUAAAGUGAGAGACUAUUUUUUUAAAUGUUCUUUUUUUUGUUCCCUUUUAAAUUCUCAACAAAUCAUUUUGUAUGACUAAAAGUAUUUAGUGUGUUUAUGAAAGUAACUGCAUGUUUAAAAUGGAAAUGAGAAGCAGUUUGAUAACGUCUCUGAAUGCUAGUCUUUUAAAGUAUCUUCUUUAAGCAAUAAUCUGGUUGUGGUUCAGACAUGGGAUUCCUAUGCUGAGUUUAAGAUGUGUAACUACUGUUCACUUCAGUGUACACAGUUGUUGUGACUGUUUGGAAAUGCAAUAACACCUUCUGGAUCCUGCAUUUUGUUGCCUCUCCUGACAAUAAAGGUGAUUAUUUUUUUAAGACCUG